AUGCCGCCGACGAGGUCUCUGCUCUCGGAUUAUUCGCAUGAUCAUCCAUUUGCGUUCAGUGAUCAGGCGACCGUUAUCAGCAAGAACACCGCUUGGUUCCAGGAAUCUGUCUCUCCUCUUGAUGAUCUAGUCGAGCUCUCUGCCAGUUCUCCCUCCUAUACAGAAGCACAAAGCAUCUCCGGAGAAGUACAGCUUAAUUUAAGGACCCCUGAUCGAGUCAAGUCUGUUUCAAUAUCAGUGGAAGGUUAUUAUUCCAUUCCAGGUUACGAUGCGAAGACAUUCCUGCAUGUAUCUGAGACGCUAUGGGAUAGCUCGAUGGGAGAUCCUCGAUCGAGCGGUAUGUUCCUUUCGCAAGGCGCAGAUCAUCCGGGUAAACUGAACGGAAAAUAUGCUUGGUCAUUCAAAAUCGAUUUUCCAAGGACAUUGGAAAUGACUACCAAACAAGAGAAACGCGCAAGCCAUGGUGCUCGAAGUGGUGCGAGGCUGCCUCCGUCGCUGCGCGGCUCCCACGGUAAAGCUCGCAUUGGGUACGAGGUUUGUGUGCGAUUAAAACGUCCUGGUUGGCGAUUUGGGAAUAGUUUAACAGUUCCCAUAACAUAUAUGAUUUCGACACGACCUGCUCCGGCAUCUUUCCUGAGACGGCUAGCCUAUCAAAACAAAACACCCGUGCCGUCACACGUUGACGAUCCGCCCGGCUGGAUGCUCUACCCUGGAGUCCAGGUGAAUGGCGUGCUACAAAGAAGUCAGAUUACUUUCUCAUGCAUGCUUGCUCUUGCUUCUCCGCUGUCUUAUACGCGUGGGUCAUUUAUACCAUGCGCCUUGGUAAUCGAAAGCAACGAUCAUAAAGUCCUGGAAGCGAUGUCAAGUCCUUCAGCGGUGCGGGUCGUAUUAAGACGAAGGCUCAUUUUGUAUUCCAAGCUCGGUGGCGAACUUGCUCUUGAUGAGCAAGAGAACAUAAUUGCCAAGGCGUCUUGGAUACCCGAGCAUACUUCCGCGCGGGAGCAAUCAAUAUUUAGCAGGAUCUUACAAGGAGAAAUUAGCAUUCCGCCCAACGCGGCCCCUUCAUUCGACUUCGGCAGGCUGGCAAUGAAGUACGAUGUAAUUAUCUUUCCAUUCGAGAUACCUGGGUUUACUUCGAUUGAAAAUAGUCCUCUUACUCGAGCCGAAGUUGCCAUUACGACCAUGCCCGCUGAGGGACCUUUACCGCUGUCCCAGUGUACAUCUGGGAGAUGAAACCCGUCUUUGGAGUCCUGGUGGCCCUCUUGACGACGAAACGAAUAUUGUCUAUACCUUGAAACAGACCUC